UUAUUAUCGAAUAAACAAUUAAUUAAUUAAUUUCUAGAAAAAUGGCAGCUACCAUGGAUUUUUGGGGUAGUAAUGUUGAUGAAAAUUCAUUUAGGGGUGGUGGUGAAUUAAUGGAAGCACUUGAACCUUUUAUGAAAAGUGCUUCUUCCACACCCAUUUCUACUUCUUCCACUCUCCCCCCUUCUCUCUCUUCUAAUUAUCCUCCUUCCUUUUCUUCUUUUCCCUCAAACAAUAAUGACCAAUAUUUUAGUGUCAUUAAUUAUCCUAAUUCCGCCUCCAGUUCAUAUCCCUACAAUUCGUACAAUCCCUCUCCUCAAUUUGAACCCACUCCUAAUUAUUCGUUCGGGCCGGUCCAGGACGUUCAGAUGUGGGGCCCACUUCAAUCCCAUAAUAGUAAUUUCCCUAUCCCUAGGCCCGUUUACGUGCCUCCGAAGCCGGCGAAACUGUACCGGGGAGUGCGGCAGCGCCACUGGGGGAAAUGGGUGGCGGAGAUCCGCCUCCCCAAGAACCGCACCCGCCUCUGGCUCGGCACCUUCGACACGGCGGAGGAGGCGGCGCUGGCCUACGACAGGGCGGCGUACAAGCUGAGGGGUGACUCGGCGCGGCUCAACUUCCCGCACCUCCGCCGCGCCGGCGGCGAGUACACGCCCCUCCAUGCCAGCGUCGACGCCAAGCUGCAGUCCAUCUGCCGGAAUCUGGCCGAGGGCAAGAGCGUCGACGGCGGCGCCGCCAAGAAAUGCAAGAAAUCCAAAAAGGCAGCCUCCACCGCCGCCGCCGCCGCCACCACGGCGGCGCCGACUGUGAAGGAGGACAGCAAGUACCGUCAAACGGUUGAGCCCGAGAGUGACGGUUCGGGUGGGCUUUCACCCGAAUCCGAACUCAGGUUCCCGGAUUUUGAGUUUCGGGUUUCGGGUUUCGCGGAGGAAGAACUGCCCGGAUGGGAGAUGGGAUCGUUGCCCAAAUAUCCAUCAUAUGAAAUUGAUUGGGCUGCUUUGUAAUUUAGUGAAACUAGCAGCCCUUUCUUGCAAAAAAAAUAUUAAAAUAGGUUUUUUUUUUUUUUUAAAUAUGUCGGUUGGUGCUGCUGCUGCAAUGAAGUUUUUGGCAUUUGCAGCAUAGCACAUAGUCUUUGAAAUUUAUUUAAUGUAUUUGUAGAUUAAUUUAGGAGGUUAAUUAUUGGUAAUUUGUAAUUAGAUUAGUCUCUAAUACUUGUUUAGCUGGUUUUAACAUGGCUAAACCAGAUCAGGGACGCAUUUGAUUCUUUUGUAAUUUCAUAUUGUUUAUCUUUGUAAUAUUAUUUAGCAUUUAGUU